CGUUCGUAACGAUGCAUUGGAACACUAACAUGAAGUUUUGACUAAACCACUAAACUUUUAGGUUAGAAUUACGAAUAAUUUACAAAUAAAAAAUAGAGAUUUUUAUUUAGAGUUAAAAUAAGAUUAUAUUAAUUUAUUGUUAUUCUACUUUAUUGUGAAAUCAUGUCUACUUCCAUACUUUCAAAGUUUGGGAGUCUUCGUCUUACCCCAGCAUUGGUGUGCAACCAACAAUGCCGCACAACCACCUCCAAGCAUUACAAUCCCAAAUUUAAAAAAGAGAGAGCAGCAAAAUUCUUGAAAAUUGAGCUGCCUGACUUUAACGAGGAUGCUAGCAAGUUCUCAAGGGAGAAGUUACGGCAGAAAAUGAAGGAGCGCGGCAUCCUACCCCCGAGGCAUUGGAUGGAGCGCCCGUUUUAUAUAUCUGCUACUGGUGGUGUUUUUGAAGCGUAUGUACCUCCUGAGGGAGAUGGCAAAGCAUCCCUAGUAUCAACCACUCGAGCCAAGCAAGCAGUACAACUUCUAGAAAAGAAAUCCCGAUCUAUGAUGGCCAUACGCAAAAUAAAAUCAUUUGAUGAGGAUUUUGAUACCAAAGGAUUUUGUGAACAGGCCCAGAACAUCUACAUAAAGGCUCACGAGAGCUUAGUCAAUAACGAUAAGCAAGCUCUACGAUUGUAUGUUACGGAGAAAGCAUAUGCUGAGUUCAGGCACAACUCUAUGUUGAAGACGAUAAGGUGGAGAUUUUUGGAGUCACUUGAGCCGCCGAGAAUAGUGCAUGCACGGUGUACAGAUGUUAUAAGUAAGGAAAACAUAUUUGGCCAGGUGACAGUGCGUUUCCACACGCGCCAACAGCUAGCAGUAUACGAUAGAUUUGGCCGUCUUCUACACGGCAGCGAGAUAUUAGCCAAGGACGUCCUGGAAUACAUAGUGUUCGAGAAACAUCUCUCAAAUCUCUACGGCACUUGGCGUAUACACGAUAAAAUCAUCCCAGACUGGGCUGCACCGAAGGAACCGUCGAAGUUGACGCGGGUGAAGCCGAAAGAGGUCGUAGAAGCUGUGGCCCCACCGGAGAAGACGGAAGAAACACCAGCCAUACCGGAAAAGUAGUGUAAAUAGUAGUAAUGUAAUAAAUUUGUAGAUAGA